AUGUACGGCUUAAGACUGGUUUGUUUUCUCGCUUCCCUUGCUUCCGCCAGUUCACUGCCGAGUCACAUUGAAAAGUUGGUUCGGAAACAAGUUCCCGCGGAGCCGACCGAUGUGAAGACAAUACAAUCACCAGGGGGUGUUACAAUUCGUUAUAAGGAGCCCGGAAUUUGCGAAACAACUCCUGGAGUCAACUCAUACUCAGGCUAUGUCGACCUUGAUGAUGAUACGCACAUGUUUUUCUGGUUCUUCGAGGCAAGGUCCAAUCCUGACGAGGCACCCCUUACAUUGUGGCUUAACGGAGGACCUGGCUCAGAUUCCCUUAUCGGGCUUUUUGAAGAACUCGGUCCGUGUAAUGUCACCCACAAUGGGACCUCAGUUGUGAAUCCCUAUGCCUGGAACGAGGUCAGCAACCUCUUGUUUCUGUCUCAGCCUAUCGGAACGGGGUUUUCGUACUCUGAAAGUGUGGUGGGGGUCAUCAAUCAGACUACUGGAUUGCCGGUCAACGCAUCUAAUCCCGAUGGCCGUUAUUCAGAAGCGGAUCCUUACCGAUAUGAUACGACGGCUUUAGCUGCCAGGGGCGCGUGGGAGGUAUUGCAAGGCUUCAUCGAAAACCUUCCUGUCUUAGACGCAACUGUCAAGUCCCGUAGCUUUAACCUUUGGACGGAGAGCUAUGGUGGGCAUUAUGGUCCAUCCUUCUUCCGGUAUUUUUACGACCAAAACUCCCUCAUCACAAAUGGGACGAUUCCCGGCGUCGAGCUCAGCAUGCAUACACUUGGCAUCAUAAAUGGCAUGAUUUCGGAACGUAUCCAGGCCCCGUAUUAUCCCGAGAUGGCCUUCCACAACACGUAUGGUUUGCAGACGGUCAAUGAAUCUAUCUAUGAGUACAUGAGGAUGAACUACUAUUUUCCUAGCUCCUGUGGCGAUUCGAUCCAAGCAUGCUUCGCGCAAGACCGAUCUACACCGGACGGAAUGGCCACCUGCUCACAAGCUACAGCUAUCUGCAGAUCAUUGGUGGAAGGGCCUUACUAUGCGGUUAGUGGGCGAAACCCGUAUGAUAUCCGGGCAGAGAGUGAUGCUUCUAUCCCGCCCUCGUACUGGGUCGACUACUUGAACACGGCGGAAAUUCAAAACGCCAUAGGUGUCGACAUUAAUUACACAAGCACUUCUAGCACAGCUGUGUACAUUGGGUUCGAUUAUACCGGCGACUUUGUCUACCCUAACCUGUUAUCAGACCUUGAGGCUCUUCUCAAUGACGGUGUCCGAGUUUCUCUUGUCUACGGUGAUGCCGAUUAUAUAUGCAAUUGGAUGGGGGGCGAGGCGGUCAGCCUGACAAUUAAUUACACCCAUCACGAGGAUUUCAUAACCGCAGGGUAUGAGCCUUUCCUAGUCGAUGACGAGGAGUACGGCGAGAGCAGACAAUACGGUAAUUUCAGUUUCACGAGAGUAUAUGAAUCGGGGCACGAGGUUCCCUACUAUCAACCAAAGGCUGCACUAGAGCUCUUCCGACGCGUGUUAGGGGACUUGGUCAUUGCCGAUGGAACGGAGAGGGUAACGCCUACGUAUAAGAGUGGUGGUACAGCUAAUGCGACUCACACCAAUUCGUAUUCCACUUUUUAUACUGGAAGACCGGGAGACUGGAAAAACUAAAUAGCUUCGCAGCAUUGCUGUGUCUGGAGAAUGCUUAAUAACUCUGAUAUAGCUAUAGUCGCGCGGGGUUAGUCACAGUGGAGAACUUGAUAAACUCCAGCAUCAGGUACCUAGAUGAUAUCUGCAUACCACUAUCACAUUACAAUUCACCGGGGAUUUAAUGUACCUACUAGAUAGUUAGUACCUAGGAGGAGUGAUGCAGUGGGCAAAGACGGGCAGUGA